CUGCUGGGAAUUGGCUCUAGGAUGUUGGAAAACCGAGAGGAAGAGCUGACCACCGUGCGUGUGCAGGACCCUCGCGUGCAGAACGAAGGCUCCUGGAAUUCCUAUGUGGAUUAUAAGAUCUUCCUCCACACCAACAGCAAGGCCUUCACUGCCAAGACCUCGUGCGUGCGGCGCCGCUACCGUGAGUUCGUGUGGCUCAGGAGGCAACUCCAGAAGAAUGCUGGAUUGGUACCUGUCCCAGAGCUGCCUGGAAAAUCCACCUUCUUCGUGGGCAGCACAGAUGAGUUCAUUGAGAAGAGGAGACAAGGCUUGCAGCAGUUCCUGGAGAAGGUGGUGCAGAACGUGGUGCUGCUCUCCGACAGCCGAUUGCACCUCUUCCUGCAGAGCCAGCUCUCUGUCCCUGACAUCGAGGCCUGUGUGCAGGGCCAGGGCACACAGACAGUGACAGAGGCCAUCCUGCACUAUGCCAUGUCCAACUGUGGCUGGGUGCAGGAGGAGGAGAGUCGUCCUGCAUCCCUGCCUGGAGGGGACCUGCGCCACAGCUGUGCUGGCUUGAGGAGCCCACAAGGCCAGAGGUGCUUGGAGAGCUUCCCAGACUGGAGUGACUUUGGCAUGGAAGACACACACUUGGACAGCCCCGAGGAGCCUCUGGGAGCACAGCAGGACACACACUGA